UCGCUCCUCAAUAAUAUAUUUGCCUAUAAGAACGUCCUCAGGGUGCAUGCAGCUGGCAGGGCCAUUUACGCGAGCUCGCAAUGUCUGAACCCGCUGGCAACAAAUUAGCAGAACCUUUACCUUCCGCAACAUCAGAAGGUAGAGCGGCAAAUGGUGAACGACGUAACAGGACUUGCUGGACCUGCGGAGCUAUCGAAGAGCCUGGCAAGAAGCUCCUGCGUUGCUCCGGAUGCCUCUCGGUGUGCUUCUGCAACGCCAUUUGUCAAAAGUCGGCAUGGAAGCAGCACAAACCAGACUGCAUACGCUGCAAAAAAGUCGACAUCUACGCGGCAUCCCCACUGCUAGCUGCGGUAGCCUUCCUCCCACGCAUGCCUAUCCCCAUCAAGAUGCUCUCAUACGAGGUCUACAGGCGGGAGCUUCGUGGCCGCGAGCUUCACCUUUACCUUCGAAACCAAGGCCGCAUGCGCGUCAGCCCGGCGGAUUUUGACAAGAGCGGCCCCAUCCCUGAAGGGCCUUCACGGGAACAGCUUCACAACAUGGUCCAGCACGACGGCUACCUAGAGGCGACCGUGGUAGGGUCCUUGUACGGUUUCCAUUGCGCCGUACAGCAUUACAACAAUCGUGGAGGAGGACAUGCCGCGCAGCAAAACGCGCUUGACUACGUCACGCUUAUUCAUCGCAAGGCUAAGAUCACUGAGUACGGCAUUGCUGUCGGAUCCACCUGCCCCGACUACACUCUCGUGUACCACAUUGGCGACAAGUUCCGCAGUCCUCCCUCUGCAACAUUCUCUCCGGCUAUCCCGCCACAUGGCCGUGGCAUUGUUUGCCAGCCCCGUACCAUUUCCACUUUUGCCCAUUUCCAUAGCCGCCGAGAGCUAAUGUCGAUGCGUGCGCCUUCCUCAGCACGCAGGCAGUUGUCUGACGUCGUACGGAUGUACGUCGUGAUGUAUAUUGUGAUGCGACUGCAAAAAGCAGCGCAAACACCAGUGCAGUGGAGUGCAGAACGGUCCGAUCGGCUGUACCUGGAUGUGGGGUCACUGCCGUACGGCAUGGGCCUUAUGCUCAAUAUCAUUCACUACCUGCCAGACCGGACUCCGGAGUCCCAGAUCCGCAGCUUCACCCCCACCCUGGGCGCCCCCGGGCUCGUGAUGGACCUCAGCGACCUGGCCGCCAUGGAGCGCAUCCAGGCGGGGUCGGUGGAGAGCCUCAAGAAGAACUACCUGGCGGAUCGUCACCGCAUCGCCGUGAGUGGAGCUCCGGUUGACGAGGAUCCCGAGAAGGCCAUUCGCGGACUGCUGCAGCAGCUACAGCACGCAGUGGCGGCGCGGCCGUCGGCAGCGGCCAAGACCACGGCCGUGAUGGGUAUGGUGGCGGCGGCGGCUGUCGUUACUGCGGCGGCGGUGGCCGUCCCAACGGAAGCCAAGGGUGGCGGCGGCGGCGGCGGCUCGCCGUCCCGUAUUCGUGGCGGCGGCGGCAACCCUGCUGUGCGCGGCGGCUCCCCGGGCGGUAGCAACUCGCGACGUAUUCCCUUCCGCGAUAGCACACUUGACAAGCACGUGAAGAGGGCGAUGCUGCAUUUUGAGUGCGCUUUUAACAACACGUACGCGGUGCUGGAUCAGCGCUCGAAGCUUCGCCUCCUGGGUCAAUCUGCCGGCUAUGGGGCUGGCACCCGCACGCAGGGCGAGCACGCGCUGCAGCACAGUUCCGCCCAGGCAGGCUGCACCAUUUGGAGGUGGGGCUUCCCACCCUGGGUGGGUCCAUGCAACACCUGGCGCCCCUGCCCGGCUCAUGUGUCUGAAGGGAACGCGUGCUGCAGUGCUGCCGCCAACCGGAUUCGGGUUGGGGUGUAUGUAUGUAGCCAGCCAGUCGCGUGGGGGAAAGGGCCGUCGCCGGUACGCGAUGUUUCCUUGGUGUGA